UGCACAUUGAAUGUGUUCAGUUACGACAGCUUUCUUUUUUUUUCCACCUAGGCUCUUUGGCCCAGGCCGCUCACUGUAACCUUUACAAGUGGCCUAUGGGAUUGUAGUUCCACAGAAAGGUAGAGUGCUGUAAGUAAAUCACCAGAAGUACUUCAACGUCCAUAAAGCAAAGCGGCUGGAGAGUUUUUGUUGUAGCCUGUGUUCUUGGAACCGUUCAUGACGCUUGCCCAUAAGCGGUAAUAUCACAACCAAGUGGAUGUAGUGCUAGUCGCUCUCCACGAGUUUUUAGAUUCGUGUUUUUAUCCAGGUCAUCCCCUUAGCACCGUGCUGACACUCGCCAACGUCACUGCUUCCGAUGUUUACUUCUCCGGAAUGUCUUCUCCAGCCAAAGAUAAGUAAUGUUUGGAUUAAUGAGGAUAAUUUAAUGAUAAGUGGAUUGAAAAGCCACCAUGUUUGCACAGCAUGUAUUCAAUAUGCUGAUAACGCACUUAGCUUAGCUAACCGCAGUCACAGCAGUCGGACAGCUUCCUCUCUCAGGCAACGAGCUGUUGUCGACAGUUCCAGGUCGUCUUCGGCUCCAUGAUGGCGAUGUUUCGGAGCUUUGUCUCAGCGAGCACCCAGCUCCGCCAGCAGCAGCAGCAGCAGCAGCCCAACAGCUCAGGCUCGCUGAUAGCCCCGACUGAGGGCAUCGAGAGCCAGUUCUCUUGUCCCAUCUGCCUGGAGGUUUACCACAAACCCGUCAGCAUCGCCAGCUGUGCUCACACGUUCUGCGGGGAGUGUCUGCAGCCAUGUCUUCAGGUGACCUCACCACUUUGCCCUCUCUGUCGUGUGCCCUUUGACCCCAAGAAAGUGGAGCGUUCCUCUAGUGUGGAGAAGCAGCUGGCCUCAUACAAAGCACCCUGUAGGGGUUGCAGCAAGAAGGUGGCUCUGGUAAAGAUGAGAUCACACAUUGCUUCCUGUUCUAAAGUACAGGAGCAGAUAGCCAACUGUCCCAAGUUUGUCCCUGUGGUACCCACCUCUCAACCUAUACCAAGCAAUAUUCCAAACCGGUCAACAUUUGUGUGUCCAUUCUGCGGGGCCAGAAACUUGGACCAGCAAGAACUGGUGAAGCACUGUAUGGACAAUCACCGUAAUGACCCUAAUAAAGUGGUGUGUCCAGUGUGUUCAGCCAUGCCAUGGGGUGACCCCAGCUAUAAGAGCUCCAACUUCCUCCAGCAUCUCCUCCACAGACAUAAGUUCUCUUAUGACACCUUUGUUGACUACAGUAUUGAUGAAGAGGCAGCACUGCAGGCAGCUCUGGCACUGUCACUUGCUGAAAACUGACAACAGUCACAACACAUCAUACUCUCAACAUUAGCACCAACUCCACCUUUACUGCACUGCUGCUGUUCCUCCACGACUCAGAAGGUAUCAUCUAGCCCACAGACACACCUGACCCAGACUGACACGGUCUCCUACUUCCUUUUUACACCAAGGAUGUGUGCAGCAGUCAGUUUGCUAUGCUACCAAACAAAAGCACUUUGGAGCCAACUUUUCUGCUUCAUUCCAAUUUGAUGAUCUGAAGACAUCUUGUAGGUUUGGAAUGGAUCCAGUGACUUUAUUAAGAGAAACUACAUUAACACCUAUCGCACAUAAUAUCCCAACCAAAAGCAUCAGAGCAGUAGGUUCCCUCAAAUCCUCAGUUCACCUGACUGCUGCUCUCCACACCACAGAACAGCAUGCGGGUCUACCUCCAUGGAAUAAUAUUUAUUUUCUGGGAGUCUGAAAAAUCCUGAAGCUCGCUGACUCUAAAACCCCUCAUCUGUGGUUCAGAUCUCUGACCAGCAGUCACUGGCACUCACUGUGAGCAACUUGGUCAAUGCUUAGUCUGAGUAAAAGUGGGCAUCGAAACUUGUUCCAGUUUCUAAUACAGAGUGGUCUGUGGUGUAAUGCAGUUUGAACAAAUGCAUUUUUUGAUGAGUUGAUAUACAGUAGCUCGCCAACAAGGUGUAGUCAGGAAAUGUUUUGCAAAGGUAAUAAGACACAAUUAAAAUAUGGAUAUAAAUGUAAAACUCUACUUAUCAACAGCUCCUCUGUUCAUCAAUCUAUGUGUGGUACUGACCAGAGAAAAGAGUCAUAAAUUAGUCAUAAAAUUUACUGGCAGGCUUGUGAAGGCCAAGUAGAUUACAAAAAAUAUCAGCAUAAUGUUUCCGUAAUCAAUCAGGGGAAACUUGAGACUAAUUUAUUCUUUCUGCAUCCGUGUGAGGAAGUUUAAUUUAGAGAACCACAAUAUGAUUUUUUAUUCAGCUGAUACCUGAGUUACCAUCUUUUCAUGGCCAGUAACAAUAAGAAGAAGUUCAGAACAUGUAGACUAUUCACAAACAUCUACACCAGAGAUGACGUGUUUGGCUGUGAUACACUGUAGUAUAAACAAAAUCGUACCCACUGUCAACCUUUUGGCCUCUGUCUGGCCCUCGAGCCGGCCCUAACCUCUUACUACUGCUCUCUGUUACCCUCCAUAUAGAGUUUAAGUGGAAGCUUCACCUGAGAAAUGGUUAGUGUUGAUAUCAGAGGCUAAUGGCAGGUUGUCAGACUUGGCCAUGACUCCAUGACCGCUGUGAAAGCUUGAAUUCAACAUUAAAUACACUUCAGUGUCUUUGUAAAUUGACAACAGAAGUUGGCAUCAGUGCUGAAAAUUUGUCAGGGUUUGUUUACCGGAUUUCAGACCAGCUGGACUCACUGGUAGAGUGACCCCAAGGGCCUAAUGUGGAAGUGUUCAAAGAGCUUAGAGAUGGUGUUGAACUAUUUUUAAAUGUUUACAUAAUAAAUGGGUAUUUCAGUCAUAAUUCCACCGUGGAAACACCAAAUGGAAGGUUCAAAUCUGGUGCAAGUACUGGAAGCUGAGCUGCAGCUUGUCCAUUAAUGUACAGCCCAGCUUCACAGAGGACAACAGGAGACCUAAAGAGUUGACAGACUUCAAAGCUUCAUCUGCAGCUUGAACUGAUCUAGGUGCACCCAUGAAGAAAGGAGAAUUUGUCAUAACAGCUCAGAAGACCAAUAAUACUAUCAUGAACGACAUACUAUGUUAACAUUUACAGUAACCAACACUAGCACCCUGUUUACCAUCACCCUUAAAAGGAAAGUUCAUAUUAAUUUUUGUAUUAAUGUGAGUGUUUGCACUUAUCAAUUUAUUUCUGCAAGACUGAUCUGUUAUGUUUGUUGGAAAACAUCAGACAGAAUGGAAGUGCUGGAUUGCGGUCUUAACUCCAUUUUACUGUUAUCUUCUUCUUCAGCUCUUGCCACAAGGAAUAUUUUUAUGAUCCAUCUGCCAAGAUAGACAAGUAUAAAAAGAUAUAUAUUUUUGGAUAAUAUCGGUUCAAACCACUGGACUAACAUCAGACAUGGUCUGCAAUAUGAACUGUUGGGGACAAUACAUUUUAUAGAACUUGAUUUUCUGUUAACACAUGUCCAUACACAUACAUAGAACUUGUACAGAACCAGAUAGAAUUGGACUGAUUUAAAAAUAUGUUUUCUAUAGUUUAACCAAUAGAUGGCAGUCCUGCUCCAGCCAUGCAGAACAUGCAGAACCAUACUGAAACCAACACAUAUGAAAGUCAUGCUUUCUGUGGAGGCAAGUUGUGGAGAAAAUGGAGGCAUGCAUUCAUCAUUUGCACUUUAAUUCUCUGUUUUUUAAUAAACGUUGGAUUUCUAUUUGUAUAAUCUUAAGAAUUGUUAAAUGAUUUUGCUAUUAAAUUUCAUUGUUUUGUUAAAAAAGCGGACAAAGAUCUUGUAAAUAUAAUAAUAUAAAAGGUGUCAGGGUUAGAAGAAAUGUACCAUUAGUUCUGUUUGUGUGAAAACAUUGAAGUCUUUGCACCCACAGUAAAGACAGAUCACAUAUAUAGGAUAAAUUCUAAGGAAGACAAUUAAGGCCAUGUGAAGAAAAAGAAAUUAUCCUUUUGUUAACAUCAUUGUGUGGUUAAUGUUAAAGGGGAAAACCCUAUAUUUACAAUGUAAAGCUGAUUUUCUUCAUAUUAUUGGCUCAAAUUGGACUGCUGGAGUGUUUUUGCAAUCCUUUACAUUGCCGCAGAUAGCUGAUAAUUGUGCAGACGUUAGCUGUUUGAAGCUAGCAAAGUAUGCAUCCCAGCGUGCCUGUGCUGUGACAAAAUAGCUAUUGGUCAAAAUUCACCAGGAUUCAAGUCUUUCUGUUAUUUUCCACAAAAUUCCUUUUAUUUUAUUUCUGUAAAACCUUGAGAUAAACUUAAACAUUUUCCUUUCUUUCUUCUUUAACCCAUCCUCAAAAGCCCAUCAAACACACCUGGACCAACAAAUCUACACCACUGAAUGAAAACCAUAUGAAAAGUGCAUAUACACAAUGCGUGUGGGUUCACAAUAGAAAUUGUAUUACAGUUUUAAUGUAAAUUCAGUCGGUUAGAGCUUGUCCUUGAACAGAAAGAACAUAGAAUUAGGCAUAAUUCUACCAGUGUCCAUUGACAGCCUUGAAGGCCAGCACCAUCAUGUUGAAUUGGGUGUGGGCCGCAACAGGAAGCCAGUGGCGGUCAUUGUUGAGACCCCUUGGAAAAGAUCUGUAAGGUGAAGAUCCAAUAAGCCUCAUGUUUCUUUAAAAACAGGUCAAGAUCACCCCCUCCGGGUGGCCAACUAACUUUCUGGUAAGAACCUCCUUACUUUUAGAGAAAAUUUGUCUUAAUUUGACCUGUCUAAAACACCUGACACUUUCAAACCAAAGGCAUUCACACCACUGGUGGGGACUACAUUUUUGGGCCAGAUCUAAGCUCUAAGUGUAAGUGUGUGCUUUUUUAUGUUAUAAAUAUUGUACAUUUUGGCAAUUGAAUGCACUUUGCUGAAGGUGCAAAUCCUGAAAGUGAUUUUACACCGUGCAUCCUGUCAUGCCCAUGUAAUGUUAGCAAAUGUUAUUGCAUUUAAUCAUGACAUGAUUUGCCCUCAUUCCCUGAGCGGAGUCCAUCUGACAGCACAAUGAUAAUCCACAGGUAAUAUUUUAUGUGCACAAAUAUAGUAAUGACAAGGAAUUGUAUGUAGACUGGGGUGUUAUGUUUGUGGACAUGUAAAACAUGGACUGUGAGGAACGAGGCUGAGCACUAUCAGUGUCGGACUCAGUGUCAGUUUCUAGCUCUGAUGGCUCAAAUAGGUCUGGCUGGGUCCAUCCGAUGAUGCUACUAGCUUACAGUCUUACUGUAGGUUACCUCCUUGUACAGUACAAGGAGGCUCCCCUCCUGCACGUGGGCGUGGCUCCAGUGCCUCUAACUGACACGCCCCCAGCGUUUGUUUUUCUAUGAUUUUGAGACCUAAUUUUAUAUAUCUGGCAAUUUUUUUAAUCUUUCAAAUUUGGCUCAGUGAUCAAUGACACAUGUUUCUGUGGUAUGACAAACUCAUAACACAAAUUUAUUUCUGCUUUACACGGACUUUAAGCUCUAACCAACUUUUGUAUUACAUUUGUACUCUUAAGCUACUCUAUUACUCUAUUUCUGUUGUGAACUUACGCAAAUUAUUUGAUAUAUUUCCUGUACUGAUGUUUAAAAAAAGGUUUUCAUUCAGUGGCUAGAUUUGUUGGUCCAGGUGUGUUUGAUGGGAUUUAUAGGGACCCUAAAAAUCUGGUGUGGCCUGUUUGGGCUACACAAGUCCUCAACCCUAUUUAAGACAUCCUCCCCCAUUGUCUUGUAAGAAACCUGUUGAUGGUUUAUGUACUGAAACAUUGUUCUCAUUGAACCUAAUUGCGAGGGGAGUGGACAGCGUGCGGGAGUCUUUUUCCUGGUAUUCUUCUUCCAGAAACUGCAUAUUGCGCUCAAAUCUUUCACAUUAAUGAAAGCUUGUUUUUUUUGUAUUAUUUUAACCUCCUUGCUGCAUACAAAUCAGUUAUUUCUUCUGUUUGUAGAUUUUUAUGACCAUGUUAUAAUAGCAGUCUUUUAUAAAUGCCCGUUACCUCCUUAUGGCUGUAGCACAAUUUCUUGAUUCUUGUGUUGUUACACUUUGUGUACCUGAUGUUUGUCUGCCUCUUUCACAACUCUUCAGUUAAACACGUUUUCCCCCCAAAAUUAAAACAGUCUGUGUUA